UUCUACUUUCUCUCUGAUAUUUUGUUGGGUUUUUGCUUUGUUUCUUGCAUGAAAAUGUAAGUUCUUUUUCCCCAUUUUAUUUUUUUGGGCCAAGGAGGGUGAGUGAUGUGGUGGGCAGAGGGGCCAGUGGGGGGGUCUUUUGUUUAAUUCUUUCCAAAUUAAUGUGAAGAUAAUGUUUGAUAGAAUCUUAUUGGGAAGACAAAGUGUGUGAAUCACAUUCAGUAGAGUGGGAGAAAAGGUGAAGAAAUUUAAGAGACGAUUUUGAAGGAUGAAUGAUAGCUCAGCUAGAGAAAUGAAUGAGAAACAACCUCAAAGGCCUUCUGGUUGUGUGGGCAUUUUCUUUCAGCUCUUUGAUCAGAACCGUAGAUUUGCCAAGAAGCUAUUUUCAAAGAAACUGCUUUCACCAGCUUGCUUGAAACAAGCUUCAAAAAAGUUUGGAGGGGAUGAGAAGCAGCCAAAGCUUCAUUUGAUUGCUGAUGAGAACAGUGGGGGUUUUCCAAAUUCAAAGAAUAAUGGAAUGACCGAUACACGUUGUGAAAGCAAACGCGAAAUGAAAGCUCCAUGUUUUGUUGCUAGGCUCAUGGGUUUGGAAUCGAUGCCAGCAGGAUCAGGCAGUAAGCCCCAAAAGGCUUCAGCUUCUGAAACUUGGAGCAAUCUGGCAGACAAACUUGGUGCUCGACCUGGCGGAUCUGAUAAAGAAGAUAUGGAUUUUGAGAUGGCCGAAAUAAAGAGUUCAAAACUAGGUUUGCAAAGGUUUAGAGCUAAAUGUGCUCUCACUUAUCUACUACAUAUUUUUCUCCUUUGGAUGAUGAAGCAGAUUUAGUUGGGAAUUCACUUGAUCACCAUUCAACUGACAGCUACCUCUCCAGCUGUCCCAAUAGUA